AUGGCUUUAAUGCUUAGAAAAUCAGUUUUACCCAAAAACAUUUCUUUACUGAAAUGUAUGAAGGGGCGGCCCAUGGCUUCGGCCAGCUUCAGGAAAAACCCAGCAGUUCUAUUGGCGGCUCGCGGCGCAAAAAUAAACCGGGCUUGUGAUGCGAGGUUGUGGCUAUGUAAUGGCGAUCAGAUGUCCAAACGAUACUUCAGUGAUAAGAAGGAUAAAGAUGCACCAACUUGUGGCUGCCCUUGUCCGUGCGGGCCGUGUGGACCCUGCGGACCGUGUGGACCCUGCGGGCCGUGUGGACCCUGCGGACCUUGUGGACCCUGCGGACCCUGUCGCUGCCCUUGUCCCUGCGGACCGUGUGGGCCGUGUGGACCUUGUGGACCGUGUGGGCCGUGCGGGCCGUGUGGACCUUGCGGGCCAUGUGGACCAUGUCGCUGCCCAGGACCCUGUGGACCCUGCGGCCCUUGCGGACCUUGUGGACCUUGCGGACCCUGCGGUCCUUGUGGGCCCUGCGGACCCUGCUGCCCCUGCCCAUGUCCAAGGCCUGGCCCAGUCAAGAAAUGUGAAGGUGGAGUGUGCCCCAUGUGUGGGUCUCAAGCCAUAGCUGUCGCAGCUUCGACACCACCAGUCCAGCCGCUCACUCCCAGUCAAACGCCACAGGGCCAAGCCAAAGAUGACAAAAAAGUAUGCCAACCAAGAAUGCCAACUUCUAUUAAAGUGAACUGA